GUCGGCAUUUGUUUAAUCACUUGUCAAAUUAGAAGUAUCUUUCUUUCAUUAAACACGGAAAAUAAAACAAGCGCGAGCUCAUAUCCGGGCAAAAUUAUUCAAAUUGGGUUGGGCGGUCACUCUUUACUAAAAUACACAACACUUUCUCUUCACUGUGUUUUCAAUCUUACAUACUCUGAAUUCUCCAUUGAAGUGGAUUUUGAGCUUUCUCUCCUCCAUUGAAGCAGCUUCUGAGGAUAAGCUCUAAUGGAGGGUACAGAGAUCUAUGGUAGAAGGGGUAGCCAGCUUGUGAAAGAGCUUGCUUGUGCCGAACCGGGUCAACUUACUCGAUUUAAUGAUGAUUUGUUUAAUCAAGUUAUCAAGGAAUGUGCUGUGCACUACAGUCAAUUUUACGAACUUACUAGGAAAAUGCAAGAUGAAGGAUUGGAUGUCCAAUCAGCUAGAAAUGCUGAUCACUUUGGAAUGCUUAUCCAUCAUCUUUCUCUAUUACGCAACAAGCGUUGCCUAAUGGCAUAUGUGCAUAACCGAUCUGAAAUUAUACAGAACCUAAGCUGGAAGGUUGGGCGGGUGCUUCCUGAAGAAAUUGAGCACAAGCUAAGUGAUCCAGAAAAGCGUUACUUUAAGAGCCACUCUUCAGCUUUACAAUCGUAUAUGAGGGAGAUGGAUGGCCUUGAUUUGACUGUGGAUAUGGUGCCACCAAAAGAUCCCUACAUUAAAGUAAGAGUCCUAGAUGAUAUUGGUGUGACAGCAAUGGGAGACCGAGAUACCAAUCUUGCACGCCACUCAAUCCACUUUCUUAAACGAAGUGAUGCUGAGCAUUACAUGUUUCAGGGGAUGAUGGAAGAACUCCUAGGGUGAUAUAAAAUGUGUAGUCUCAUAGUCUCAUCAUAUAUGCUAGUGUGCUACUCCGUGUCUCAUAGUCUCAUCAUAUAUGUUACCGUGCUACUCAGCAUGCUGUUAGUUUCAAGAUCAUCAUGCUCAGUUGUUUGGCUUUGACUGGGAAGAAGACUCAAUCAUCUUUUUAAAGUAUGCAUAUCCUAGCAAAUGUGCGAGCAAAAGCUGCCAGAGCAUUAGAUCUGUGGUUUAACUGUGCAGGACCUGUAAACUCUGAUGUUUUCAUGCUGUUAUUCAUCUAGGAUUGUAACUAGCCUCUUCCCUCUAAAAACCAAUAGAAAUAGAAGAAACUUUUUAUAAUCAAUUUUAUUGAAUACGUAUCAAGCUGUGGAUGAUAAUAAAUUUUGUUUGAUAAAUUGAUAGUAA